ACUCAGCAGGCAGCCGUGGGUCAGAAGAGCAGAAACAUGUCUUCAUCCAUGUGCACGACGGCGGAGGGCGUGCAGGUGGUCACCCAUGUGCACCCGUUUCCACAGGGUGCUCCCCGGGGUGCUGGACUCCCACAUUGUGUGGGAGUCCAGAAGUUCAGCAAGAUCCAUCCAUAUGUGCUCGGGACGAUUCAGAUCAUGGUCGGCCUCACCGUGCUGCUGUAUGGCGUCGCCUUGGGGAUUCCAGCGGACACGCUUACCGCUUUCAUCGGCUUCUGGGUCUGGGGAGCUUUAAUCUACAUCACAGCUGGAUCCCUGACAGUGGCUGCUGGGAAACAUCUCACCCGCCCUCUGGUGAACACCGCUCUGGCUUGGUGUGUCGUUGCAGCAGUUUGUUCCAGCGUCGGGAUUAUCCUCUACUUUCUGGAUUCUUCAGGAGUGACCCUUCAGUGCUACGAUCAUUAUUACCAUGAUCAGUAUUACGAAACUAACUGCAUGUACGAGAAUCGGAUGAUGGGCUUAUCGGGGAUCAUGGGUCUCGUGAACCUAUUAGAGUUGAUUGUAUCGCUCGUCGUCGCAGGAAUCGCCUGCAAGGCCACUUGCAACUGCAGCGAAGAGCCGAGAUCAGUCAUUGUUAUACCUGCAGCAUUGGCUCCGCCCGUCUCACAGGUGCAGGAUGAUUCUAAAAACCCACAACAACCGCGAGCCGCAAGUGUACCUGAGCCUCCAACCUACGAUUCUGUCCUCGCCUGAAAACAACCUGCCUCUUCUGCAUGACCUGGCACCACCAUGACUGAUACAGAUCUCUUUAUGUGCACGAGCCCUCCAGUAAAAUGGCUUUAAUGUUUUUAUCGCUUUCAAAACCUAAACUGACGUAAGAUUUGACGUCAGAAAAGCACAACGUGUCGGCUGUUCACCUUCUGAAAUGAUUCACCUAAAUUCUGAUAACUUAUGUCAUACUGUGUUCUAUGUGUUGAGUACUUUUACGAGGAAACAAAAAACAGAAACCAGAAUGACAUGGAAGUAUUCAGACAUGUUUAGGGAGUUGGUAUCGAUUGAGUUUAUGCAAUAAAAAUACAAAUCUGGAAACAUCAGUAAAUCAGGGAGACAGACCUGCAGUGAUCAUCUUCAUCAUCAUCAUCAGCUUAGUGCACACAGUC